GGGUGAAGAAGGAAUGCCUCGCUCCCCGCCCCGUACAGCACGCACCGCUUCUGCAGUGUAGCCUGCGAGGGGCGUCUUUCGUUGAAAGCGCAUGGCUGCACUUCGUAACAAUAGUCCCUACUGACCACAGACAGGCAAUAUUUUAGUCCGUGCAAAGUACAGAACCUGCAGUGUCGCGCGGCAACAAGUCCAUGGCCGACAAAAUCUGACUGAGGUAAAUGUUGAACGUAGCGACGUGCGUGGGCGGCGCUCUUCAGAAGACGAAGCGCACUCGACCGACCGGCUGCAAUUACCUUGGUACCUUACAGGCCCUGCGCUCCUGCCUCCUUUGGCAACUGCUUAGUUACGCCCUAGUCGCCACCCAUAACACUCUCAUCACUCCGCUUGCACCUCGCCGAGCGAAGCCCAUUCAACCAACAGGCACCUGCCGCCGCGAGGCAUUGGCCUUCCAAAUCUAGGGUCCUGGAUCUCUGCAUUGUAUACUUCGUACCUGGUCGUCGCGAACCAGGACGGAGGCGAGCAGCAAUGCUGUUGUUCCAGGCGCUGCUGGGACUUGCCAGCCUAUGCGCCACCGUCGUGGUCGCAGACGACGGCGGCAAGGAUCUUGGCUCUGUCCUCGCGGGCAACAAGAACCUUACCAAGUAUUAUGACCUCAUUAAGAAAUACCCAGACAUCUUGCUGCAGUUGCCCAGCUACCAAGGCGUCACCAUCGUUGCGCCGUCAAACAAGGCGUUUGACAACAUUCCAUACACGUCGCUCAACAGCCAGUGGGAUCCCGAGGACAAGGCAAAGACAGUGCCCCUCCUCCAGUACCACAUCCUCCAGGGCAAUGUCUCGACAAAGGACCUGGAGACGGGCCCGACUGUUGUCAAGAAGACGCUCUUGACCGACUCCAAGUACACCAACGUGACCUCGGGGCAAAACGUCCUCAUCAACAAGCAGCCCGGAGACGUUGUCGUCUUCACCACCAGCAUGGGGACGCGCUGCACCCUCGUCGAGGCGGACAUCGCCUUCCAGGGGGGCCUCAUACAGGUGGUCGACAACCUCCUCAUCCCGCCCGCACGCAUCGACAAGACGUCCGAGGCCUUCAAGGUGUCGUCGUUUCUCGGCGCGCUCUACGCCGCUAAGCUCAUGCCGGACCUCGCCUAUCGCAAGAACGUGACCAUCUUCGCCCCCCAGGACGAGGCUUUUGCCGUCGUCGGUGGCGGGCUGGAGAAGCUGGAUGCGAAGAAGCUCGCGCGUGUCAUGGGCUACCACGUCGUAGUCGACCAGGUCAUCGUCUCGUCGGCAUUCUCCAACGCCACAAAACUUCCCACCUUGGCCAGUGACGGCAGCUCCAGCGAGGCCGUCACGGUCCGCGUCGCAGGAAACAACAAAUACGUCAACUCGGCACAGAUCGUCCAGCCCGACAUUCUCAUCGCCAACGGCAUCUUGCACCUGGUGUCCGAUGUGCUCAAUCCCGACGCCAACGCCGCGGCACCGAAUCCCACCCUCGGGACGCAAGUGCCCGCCUUUCCUGUCAGCUCUGCCAAGGACGCCUUCACUUCCGCUCUGCCGUGCACCAAGGACUGCCCCGUCACAACCACGGCGGCGGGAACCGAUGCCUCAGGGGCGGCUACGGCGACGACAAGCAGCACAUCUUUCCGUUCUAGCUCGAGCAAAGGCGGGGCAACACUGGCCAAGCCCACCGGGGGCGUAAUAGGGGCAGCAGCUAUGGGACUCUUGGGAGUCGGCGCUGGAAUGGCUCCGUGGUUGUAGACCAGACGGGAAAUGGCCGUUUAUGGAUGC